ACAGGCAACUGUCAAAAUGUCAGACAACAUACCAUUCGAAAUGCAAAUGGAAAUCAUGAAAAAGCUUCCUGUCAAAUCCUUGAUUCAGUUCCGAUCCGUCUGCAAACCAUGGAACUCUCUCAUCGAUAGCCCUGAUUUCAUUACGCAGUACAACGGCCAACGUACAAACCCGCAACAUCUGUUUCUAACCUAUUAUAGUUGUGGGGAUAAAUACGUUUCAAUUGCUGAUGAUCAUACUUUUCCCCACCACAAAGUUCCCCUCACUUUCCCCCAAUGGCUUUUAGAUUAUGACUAUGAUCUAAUCGGCUGCUCUCAUGGCUUGUUGUGUUUGUCUUAUUAUGAGGACCAGACCAGAAUAGCUAUUAUUUGGAAUAUUUUGAUUCGAAAAGCAAUUGCUGUACUUGUGCCUAGUGUGGCAGGUGGGGAGCUUGCUGCUGAUAGGGCUGAUGUGGAUGGUGGGUUUAGGUUCGAUUAUACGAUUAUUUCGUUUGAUUUCACCCGUGAAGAAUUUAAAGAAGUGAGCCUCCCAGAUAGUUUAGCACACCAGAGGUAUAACGAUAUUUUGUCCGUGUUAAAACUAAAGGAGUCUCUUGUUGUGCUUGAACGUGUCAAUGAUCUGGGUUACGAUGUAUGGAUGAUGGAGGAUGGGGUUUCCAAACUGUUUACAAAGCUAUUCACUAUUAAUGUUAGCACACGCUGUGCAAAAGUAAAGGGAUUUAGAAAGAGUGGUGAACCUAUAAUUAGCUUUAGUUUUUCAAACGAUAAUCGUAACAAAGUUGUUUAUGAGCCCUACUCAAAACAUAAUGAUAAGGUUAAGGCUGUGAUUGACAAUAUAUUUGCUUUAUAUUAUCUGAUUCCCUACAUGGAAACGCUGCUUCUGCUUAAUCAGCUAGAUCUUACGGUUCAUAACCAAGUGGAAACCUUCAAAUUUGAAGAUGAUUGGCUUCUAGAACCGAGUUUCAGUUAUGGGUUUAAGGGUAAUUCUUUUCCUGAGGACGACUACUUUAUGGAUUAUUAUGGAAUGUAA